GCUUCCUGUUUUGUGUUGUGACGUCAGAGCGCGGCGCCCGCCCCGCUCCACGCGUGCUCUCUUCCGUCUGAAGGCGAAGUGACGGUGGUCAGUCCGACUCUCUCUUCACGGCGGCAGGAGUGCGCGAGACCAUGGCGUUGAACCUCACCAUCAGCACCAGCAACCCGCCUCUAGGGGCUCUCCUGGCAGCCGAGCAUGUGAAGGGCAGUGUGACGGUGUCAGUGGAGGAAGGAAAAGACACUCGGCUUCACGUCUCAGAUGAGGUCCAAUUCAGCGACGCCAACUCCAUCAGCCGGUACCUGGCCCGCGUGGCUCCUGCUCUCGGCCUGUACGGCGCCAACAUGAUGGAGCAGACCGAGGUGGACCACUGGCUGGAGUUCAGCGCCCGCCGUCUGUGUGCUCAGCCCAACUUGGCCGCGGCGCUGGCAGAACUGGACAAGGCUCUGUCUCUUCGGACUUUCCUGGUGGGGAACUCCGUCACCCUGGCUGACCUGUCGGUGUGGGCGGCCCUCAAAGGUCACGGGGACUGGCCCGGCCGUGGCAGAGGUCUGGCCCAUGUCAACCGCUGGUUCUCCUUCCUGAGCUCGCAGGUUCCCUUCAGCGCCGUGGGCGACAAGUACGCCGCCAAGAGAGCGUCCGUCAACAACUCGGAGGAGAAGAAGCAGGACGUCGGCAAGUUUGUGGAUCUGCCAGGGGCCGAGGUGGGCAAGGUGGUGGUUCGAUUCCCUCCUGAGGCCAGUGGAUACCUCCACAUUGGACACGCCAAGGCUGCUCUGCUGAACCAGCACUACCAGGUCACGUUUAAGGGCAAACUCAUCAUGCGAUUCGACGACACCAACCCUGAGAAGGAGAAGGAAGACUUUGAGAAGGUGAUCCUGGAGGACGUCUCCAUGCUCCAGAUCCGCCCGGACCAGUUCACGUACACCAGCGACCACUUCCCCGACAUCAUCAGCUACGCAGAGCAGCUGCUGGCCGAGGGGAAGGCCUACGUGGACGACACGCCGCCGGAGCAGAUGAAGCAGGAGCGGGAGCAGCGCGCCGAGUCCCGAUGCAGAAACAACACCGUGGAGCAGAACAUGAAGAUGUGGGCCCAGAUGAAGGCUGGAACGGAGCUGGGCCAGGCCUGCUGCAUGAGAGCCAAGAUCGACAUGAGCUCCAACAACGGCUGCAUGAGAGACCCCACUCUGUUCCGCUGCAAGAACGCCCCCCACCCCCGAACCGGAACCACAUACAAAGUCUACCCCACGUACGACUUCGCCUGCCCCAUCGUGGACAGCAAGGAGGGGGUGACUCAUGCUCUGAGGACCACCGAGUACCACGACCGCGAUGAGCAGUUCUACUGGAUCAUCGAUGCCCUGGGCAUCAGGAAGCCCUACAUCUGGGAGUAUGCCCGGCUCAACCUCAACAACACGGUGCUGUCCAAGAGGAAGCUGACCUGGUUUGUGGACCAAGGCUACGUGGAAGGAUGGGACGACCCGCGGUUCCCCACGGUCAGAGGAGUGCUGAGAAGAGGAAUGACAGUGGAAGGACUCAAGCAAUUCAUCGCUGCACAGGGAGGAUCGAGGUCUGUGGUGAACAUGGAGUGGGACAAGAUCUGGGCCUUUAAUAAGAAGGUCAUUGACCCCGUGGCUCCCAGAUACACGGCUCUGUCGGGCUCCUACACGGUUCCUGUGACCGUCUCCGAGGCUGCUGAGGAGAUGAAGGAAGUGGCCAAGCACCCCAAGAACGCUGACGUCGGCGUGAAGGAGGUUUGGUACGGACCUCGGGUCCUGGUGGAAGGAGCUGAUGCAGAGACCUUUUCAGAGGGGGAGACGGUCACCUUCAUCAACUGGGGCAACCUGGUCAUCACCAAGAUCAACAAAGCGUCCGAUGGGAAGGUCCUGUCCAUGGAGGCUCGGCUCAACCUGGAGAACAAGGACUACAAGAAGACCACCAAGAUCACAUGGCUGGCUGAGACCAACAGCGCCCCCCUGCUGCCCACAGUGUGCGUCAACUACCUGCCCCUCAUCUCCAAAGCCGUCAUCGGCAAAGACGAUGACUUCAAAGAUUACAUCAACAAGAACAGCAAGCUGGAGGAGAAGAUGCUCGGGGACCCGUGUCUGAAGACGCUGAAGAAGGGAGACAUCAUCCAGCUCCAGAGGCGGGGCUUCUACAUCUGCGACCAGCCGUACCAGUCGCUCAGUCCCAACAGCUGCCAAGAGAGUCCCUGUGUCCUCAUCUACAUUCCUGAUGGCCACACCAAGGAGAUGCCCACGGCCGGGUCCAAGGACAAGAGCAAGACCCAGGCCCCCGGCAGCACCCCCGCUCCUGCUGCCCCAGUUCCAGCGCCCCCCGCUGCCUCGUCUGGGGAUCUCUUCUCCAGCAUCGUCUCUCAGGGAGAAACCGUCCGCCAGCUCAAGUCCACCAAAGCCUCCAAGGAGGAGGUGGACAAAGCCGUCCAGCAGCUUCUGUCUCUGAAGGCCCAGUUCAAGCAGCAGACGGGCUUGGACUACAAGCCCGGCAUGGCCCCGCCCACCUCGGCCGCGCCGUCCAGCGGCUCCUGCCCUUUCACCCGCGUGGCGGAGCAGGGCGAGCUGGUGAGGAAGCUGAAGGCUGAGAAGGCUCCCAAGGACCAGAUCGACUCGGCCGUCCAGCAGCUUCUGGCUCUCAAGGCCGAGUUUAAGAAAGUGACGGGUCAGGAUUACAAACCUGGGAUGACCCCGCCCACCCCCGCCCUGUCAAACUCCUCCUCAGGACUGUACGACCGUGUCGCUCAGCAGGGGGAGCUAGUGAGGAAGCUCAAGUCCCAAAAGGCCCCCAAGGACCAGGUGGACGCAGCAGUCCAGCAGCUUCUGGCCCUGAAGGCCGAGUACAAGCAGGCGACGGGGCAGGAGUACAAACCUGGAGUUGCUCCGGUGCAGAGCAUCCCUGCUGUGGCCGUCACCAAUGGCUCUGGGAUCUACCAGAAGGUGGCGGCUCAGGGAGAGGAGGUCAGGAAACUGAAGGCCGCCAAAGCCCCAAAGGAGCAAGUGGACGCUGCGGUCCAGCAGCUGUUGGCUCUCAAGGUGGAGUACAAGCAGCAGACCGGCCAAGACUACAAACCAGGGUCGCAGCCGCCGGCCAGCCCCGCCCCCGCUCAGCCGUCCCAGGAGCUGUUUGCUCAGGUGGCCCAGCAGGGGGAGCUGGUGAGGAAGCUGAAGUCGGAGAAGGCAGCCAAGGAACAGGUGGAUGAGGCGGUCAAGACUCUGCUGGACCUGAAGAGCCGCUACAAGAGUCUGACUGGGGAAGACUACAAGCCCGUGAGUGCUGCCGGGGGAGAAGACAAGAGCCGCAAGGAGCGGGAGAACAAGAGCGAGAAACAGGGCGGAGGAGGCGGCGGAGCUCCGGGAGCAGGCAAGAAGGGCAAAGGAGACAAGGAGGGCCAAGGCAAGGAGGCGUCUGGAGGAGCAGCAGGUGGCGCCGGCGACGGCCAGGGGCCCAAGAAACAGACACGGUUGGGUCUGGAGGCCAAGAAGGAGGAGAACCUGGCUGACUGGUACUCUCAGGUCAUCACCAAGGCGGAGAUGAUUGAGUACUACGACGUCAGCGGCUGCUACGUGCUGCGGCCCUGGUCCUUCGCCAUCUGGGAGGCCAUCAAGGACUUCUUCGACAGGGAGAUCAAGAAGCUGGGCGUGGAGAAUUGCUACUUCCCCAUGUUCGUGUCUCAGGCCGCGCUGGAGAAGGAGAAGACUCACAUUGCCGACUUUGCUCCCGAGGUCGCGUGGGUCACCCGCUCUGGCAAGACGGAGCUGGCGGAGCCCAUCGCUGUCCGACCCACCAGCGAGACGGUCAUGUACCCGGCCUACGCCAAGUGGGUCCAGUCCCACCGAGACCUGCCCAUCAAGCUGAACCAGUGGUGCAACGUAGUGAGGUGGGAGUUCAAGCACCCGCAGCCCUUCCUGAGGACCCGGGAGUUCCUGUGGCAGGAGGGCCACACCGCCUUCGCCACCAAGGAGGAGGCCGCCGAGGAGGUCCUCCAGAUCCUGGACCUGUACGCCCGGGUUUACGAGGAGCUGAUGGCCAUCCCGGUGGUCAAGGGCCGCAAGACGGAGAAGGAGAAGUUCGCCGGGGGAGACUACACCACCACCGUGGAGGCCUUCAUCUCGGCCAGCGGCAGGGCCAUCCAGGGCGCCACCUCCCACCACCUGGGCCAGAACUUCUCCAGGAUGUUUGAGAUCACCUUCGAGGACCCCAGGAAUCCAGGAGAGAAGCAGCUGGCCUACCAGAACUCCUGGGGCCUCACCACCCGCACCAUCGGGGUCCUGACCAUGGUCCACGGAGACAACAUGGGGCUGGUGCUGCCCCCCAGAGUGGCCUGUCUGCAGGUGGUGGUCAUCCCCUGCGGCGUCACGGCGUCUCUGCCGGAGCAGGAGCGGGAGGCUCUGAUGGUGCUGUGCGCCCAAUACGUCACCCGCCUGCAGGCUGCCGGCAUCCGGGUCAAGUCGGACCUGCGCGACAACUACUCCCCUGGCUGGAAGUUCAACCACUGGGAGCUGAAGGGGGUCCCCAUCCGCCUGGAGCUGGGUCCCAAAGACAUGCAGAGGCGUCAGUGUGUGGCGGUGAGGAGAGACACGGGAGAGAAGGUGACCAUCCCCGACAGCCAGGUGGAGAAGACGCUGCCCAGCAUGCUGGAGGACAUCCAGGCCUGUCUCUACCAGAAGGCUUCAGACGACCUGCGCAGUCACCUGGUGGCCGUGGACACCAUGGAGGAGUUCCAGAAGGAGCUGGACCAGGGCAAGAUCGUGCAGAUCCCCUUCUGUGGAGGCAUCGAGUGCGAGGACUGGAUCAAGAAGACCACGGCCAAGGACCAGGACCUGGAGCCCGGGGCGCCCUCUAUGGGGGCCAAGAGUCUGUGCAUCCCCUUCUCCCCCCUGAAGCAGCUGCAGCCGGGUCAGAUGUGCGUCAGCGGCAAGGAGCCGGCCCAGUACUACACCAUGUUCGGACGCAGCUACUGAGGCCGCCGUGGAGAACCCUGGGGGAUCAUGUGACCCGGGGCGCGGUCAGGAUCUGGGCCUCCAAGCUCCUCCCACUGUCAUGUUUCCAGCGGCUGGCGUCUCUGAUGAAGCCCGGCUCGCCGUCUCACUCUGUCUCAGGAAGGCGGCGGGAGCUGGGCCCACGUGACCCGGUGACCUGCUGCUGAAUAAACUUUGUGCUGACUCCACUGGUUUUCUGCCUCCAAGUCGAGGUGU